AUGCAGUCCAUCAGAGACAUGAAGUCCAACUUUAGUGCUCCGUCAUCCUCUAUUCCCGGUAGUCCUGAUACUUAUCACCAAGGCAACAUCAGGAUGACUCUGGAGGACCCAGAACUCUGGAAGUCCUUCCAUGAAAUAGGAACAGAGAUGAUUAUCACUAAACCAGGCAGGAGAAUGUUUCCACACUGUAAAAUCAACCUUUCUGGACUAAUUCCAUGUUACAAGUACAUCUUGUUGGUUGACAUGGUACCUGUGGAUGGUUUCAGGUAUAAGUGGAAUAAAGAGAAAUGGGAAGUGGCUGGGAAGGCGGAGCCGCAGCCCCCUUGUCGGACGUACCUGCAUCCAGACUCUCCGGCCCCUGGGAGCCACUGGAUGAAACAGUCGGUGUCCUUCCUCAAGCUCAAGCUCACCAACAACACUCUGGACCAACAUGGCCAUAUCAUUUUGCACUCCAUGCACCGCUACCACCCGCGCUUCCACAUUGUCCAGGCAGACGACAUGUACAGUGUACGCUGGAGUGUCUUCCAGACCUUUACCUUCUCUGAGACCUCCUUCACCUCUGUCACCGCUUACCAGAACACUAAGAUAACCAAGCUGAAGAUUGACCACAACCCAUUUGCGAAAGGCUUCCGAGACGAAGGAACUAAUACAAAAAAGCGUGCUAACAGAAACCCAGCCUCCCCAGAGAAAAAACCUAAGGAAAUUGAUUAUCUAAGCAAAGACUCAGAUGAGGACAGCCCUUCAAGCUUACGCAGGUCAUCAUAUGAGGGAUAUGAAGGAGAGCGGGCAGAACUCCCUAAAAGAAAAGAGGAGGAAGUGGUGAAAGAGGAGCACUACUCCCCCUGGAGGCCUGAGAGGGAGCAUGGACACCACGUCCAGACAGACUCACCCCCUGGACCCGAUGUCAGGGACAUGUACAAUGCAGAGCAGCUAGUACCAGCCCCAGCUUCAUACCAGCCUUACAGGUUCCAUAAAUACGGGAAGUCUCCAUCUCCCUCCUCCAGCGUGGGCAGCAGCAAUGGGGGUUCUGGACAGGCCAGCUUUGAGUCCAGAGUCCCUGAUGUAGCCACAGUCCCAGAGCAUGAGACCUCCAAGCCCUCUGUUCAUGAGAUUGGACCAUCUCCCUGUGGCCCGCAGCCCCUUGCAGGACAUCAUCAGGACUACACAGGGGUGCUCAACAUGGCCCAAGCAGGCAAGCCAGGGGUCCUCAGCCACAACAUCUACAGCCCUUAUAGCACAGAGCAGACCCUGGGCCAGUGGACCAGCCCCAGCCCUGCCCAGUACCCUCCCCCUCACCACCUGCCCACUGACUACAGUACCCCGGCUGUGCACCACGGAUAUCACCAUGGCAACGUGGCUGAGUGGAGCCAGUACCCACUCUUCUCCUACUCCUGCUGGUGAACCAUUUCCUCA